CAGAACAGAGCAGCCAGCAGCCAACAGCCAACAGCCAGCAGCCGAGCAAAAGGACAGACAGCAGUGUGUGCAUCCUCCAGCAGUUUCAGACCUGCCAAUCAGCCACAGCUCCACACAGGCCCACAGGCUCUCCACCCAGUCGCGCAUUCGCAUUAGUCUCCCCUCUACAGCCAGUCGGAAAAUGAGAGAAAUCGUCCAUCUGCAGGCCGGCCAGUGCGGCAACCAAAUUGGCGCUAAGUUCUGGGAAGUUAUUUCGGAGGAGCAUGGCAUCGACUGCAAUGGCAUCUAUGUGGGCGACAGUGAUCUGCAGUUGGAGCGCAUCAGCGUCUACUACAAUGAGGCGUCAGCGGUGACGCGUUCGUCGGGUGGCAAAUAUGUGCCACGUGCCAUUCUGUUGGAUCUGGAGCCGGGCACCAUGGAGUCGGUGCGUUCGGGACCCUACGGACAGCUCUUUCGUCCGGACAACUUUGUGUUUGGGCAGUCGGGCGCUGGCAACAACUGGGCCAAGGGCCACUACACGGAGGGUGCCGAGCUGGUGGACAAUGUCCUCGAUGUGGUGCGCAAGGAGUGCGAGAAUUGUGACUGUCUGCAGGGCUUCCAGCUAACCCACUCGCUGGGAGGUGGAACCGGCUCAGGCAUGGGCACGCUGCUCAUUUCGAAGAUACGCGAAGAGUAUCCGGAUCGCAUAAUGAACACGUACUCGGUGGUGCCCUCGCCAAAGGUGUCCGACACUGUGGUGGAGCCCUACAAUGCCACUUUGUCCAUCCAUCAGCUGGUGGAGAACACGGACGAGACGUACUGCAUCGACAACGAGGCGCUGUACGACAUUUGCUUUAGGACUUUGAAGGUGUCCAAUCCGAGUUACGGGGAUCUCAAUCAUCUCGUUUCGCUCACCAUGUCCGGGGUGACCACCUGCCUGCGUUUCCCCGGCCAGCUGAAUGCCGAUCUCCGCAAGCUGGCCGUCAACAUGGUUCCAUUCCCGCGCCUGCACUUCUUCAUGCCGGGCUUUGCGCCCCUCACCUCGCGCGGCUCGCAGCAGUACCGGGCGCUGUCCGUGCCGGAGCUCACCCAGCAGAUGUUCGAUGCGAAGAACAUGAUGGCCGCCUGCGAUCCGAGGCAUGGGCGCUACCUCACCGUCGCCGCCGUCUUCCGUGGCCGCAUGUCCAUGAAGGAGGUGGACGAGCAGAUGCUGGCGGUGCAGAACAAGAACAGCUCGUACUUUGUCGAGUGGAUACCGAACAAUGUGAAGACGGCCGUGUGCGACAUACCGCCCAAGGGCCUGAAGAUGUCCUCGACAUUCAUUGGCAACACCACCGCCAUCCAGGAGCUGUUCAAGCGCAUCUCCGAGCAGUUCUCGGCCAUGUUCCGGCGCAAGGCGUUCCUCCAUUGGUACACCGGCGAGGGCAUGGACGAGAUGGAGUUCACCGAGGCGGAGAGCAACAUGAACGAUCUGGUGUCCGAGUAUCAGCAGUAUCAGGAGGCAACGGCCGACGACGAGUUCGAUCCCGAUGUUAACCAGGAGGAGGUCGAGGGCGAUUGUAUUUAAUGGUGUGGCCAGAGGAAUGAGGUGCGUGCGUGAGGGGGAGCGCGUGUUUCUGCGCGGCAUGCGGCAACAGCUGUCGGCCAAGCAUUGCAGCAUUCUCUGACAAACAGACACACAGAUACACUCACACAUGGAUAAACAAUCACCACUACUACUGACACACACACACACACACACAGACAAACAGACA